AAUUUUUAUGUAACAAACUGAAGAAACUGAUCUCUUGGCAAAUAAUUGGAUUAAAUAUAGAACUAUCUUGUGUACCAAUGAAACAUAUCAGCAAUGGUCUUCUUAUUCCUGCUUAUAGAUUUGAAUUGAUAUCAUUAAAGACUAAUUAGUGUAUACCUGUGUUAAGCUAAUUAAUGUAUAGCAGUGCUAGUCGUUGCCCCUAGUGUUUAUGUAAAAAAAGAAAAUACUUUGAUGGGCUCAAUAGUUAUUUUUACUUCAAGUGUACUACAGUGAUAUUGAAAAAUGACUUAUCACCACUAGAAGUAUAGUAUACAUCUGGAAACCAGCUUUUGAUUGUGGUUCUUGAGCACUGUCUUUUUCAAGAUUAAAAUGCCUACAUCUUUCUGAAUUGAAAGUGUACUAUUUAAUAUUGUUCUUUUGGUUUUUAAGGCAUUACAGUUAAAAUUCAAUCAAUGAACAAAAAUUGCAUUGAACAAUGAAACUUUGUUGCCCAUAAAUUGCAUUGAACAAUGAAACUCAUUUGCCAACCUUGUAUCCUGCCUGAUUCUCUUCAUCCUUCAGGCCUUGCUAUGCAACAAAACUCAUUGUGAUUACACAUCAUAGUAUAACCCUUCUUGUGCACGAGUGUCAUAUUGUGGCGGUAAUUGUUAACAGCAUCUUUUGAAGACCAUUCCUUUCCAUCAUGGCUGAGCGACAGAACAUCUUGAGCAACUUUGGCCUCAAGCCUGUGCCAAUGAGCAUGAAGCUUUUCGCUACUGGAGAUAUGGACAAAACUCCAGCAAACUGCAUCCCAAGGCUCUGUAACGUAACCAUCACACACCUAGUACUGCUGAGCCCCACCGUCUCAUCUGACUUGUCGUCCGUGUUGCUCGCGGUCAAGAUGCACAGCAGCAAGCGCACGCUGCGCUCCAACGAGAUGCCGCUCUCACCUACCGGUGCGCUCGAUACGGACCUACAGCUCUGCUACUCGCUCCAGGUGUUACAGCGGCCUCAGGAUCAGGAGUUGGACUUGUAUGCCCAGGGUAAGGACAAGGGGCAGCCUGUGGCACGCGUCACGCUCGAGGCUCUCAGCUCACAGCCUGUCGAGUGCGACGACUCUGCUGACGCCAGAAUAAUGAAGAACUUCCUGGCUGAUAAUCCCGGAGAUUACCCCACCGCCAGGCAAAGGAAUCUGAAGCAGCGGUUCGUGGCGCUGCUGAAGAAGAUCAAAGUUCCUGAGGCUCUGCAGGCCUACGAGACCGACCCUGACCUCGACCCCAGAGCUGAUGUACCCGUUGACCCCGAUGACAUCGAAUAUCUGAUGAAUGAACUCGAGGACCUGAGCGAUUCUGGCAACGAAGUGGACACGCUGAGCAUCAGCAGCACUCCCAAGCCUUCCCUGCGCCCUUAUUUUAGCUCCACCCGCUCCCUGCUGCUCCAGGAUCCUGCUAUAGAGCGUCCUAUCCUGGAGCACGGGAGCGACAGCGAUCACCCAGACACGUACACAGACGCUGAGCAGUCCGACCCUCAGGCUGGGGGCGACGUGUUGCUCCAUGAGGCGACGUGUUGCUCCAGUGAAGGGGGGGCCUCGUCGCCCCCCACUGCCCACAAGCUGUCCUCUCCUGACAAUACUGGUAACAGUAACGGCAGCGGAGCUAAAAACAACGUCAGCGACAAGAGCGUUGCUGACAAGCCUGCUGACAAAACAUUCAAUAAAUCCAGUCACAAAAGCAGCAAGAGCGUGGGGGGCGCAGCAGGGACGGUGUUCGCGAGCGUCGUGUCGUCCGCAGGCGUCGGCAAGUCGGACAAACGCAGCGCAGCGGCCGCGUCAUCCGCGUCCGCGGUGACCACCUCCUCACAUCGACAGGACGCGGGGCUUGGCCAAGAGCCUUUGGUAGGGAAGUGUUCCCCAAGCACGGUGGGGCCAGGCGGGCAGACAGCGCGCAAGGGGCUUCAGGAACUGCUGGCUACACUCCUCCCCCCCGACGACUGCAAGCUUCCCCCCGCCCUCAUCCUCAUUGAUGCCUCCCCUGAAGGAAGCGAGAGCAGCAACAGCGGGCACCAGAGUCUAGCAGCAGUUAUAAGAUUAUGUUAUAAUGUUAGAAGCGAGAGCAGCAACAGCGGGCACCAGAGUCUAGCAGCAGCGCUGAGCGGUGCAGGGCUGUCUGUGGUCACCACCACCUCCGCUGCUGAUGUCAGGGCCACCGUCCAGCAUAUCAUUAACAAACUCCAGAAAUUUUGCAACAGCAACGCUAAGGCGCCAGGUCCGAUGAAGGUGGUGAUGGUUGGGUCUGACCCUUACAUUAACAGCGUCCUCAGGCCUUACGUGACGGACUUCUCCCUCAGACCUCCGGACUUCCUCAACCACAUCCGCUUCCUUAUUGUGCCCUUAGGCGGCGUGUCUAGCCUCGCCAAGUACCUGGGCAGCGUAGACAGCCGCUACGGCGCGAGCUUCGUGUCCGAGUGCUGGCGUGAGGCCCGGGACCGCUGGGAGCCUCAGGACGUGACCGAGGCCGUCAAUAGGAUUAAUCGUUACCUCACUCAUGCCCUCAGCACCUUACAUCUCCCCAUCGCUGAGGCCAUGCUCACCUACAAGGAUAAAGGGAACGACAACGAGUCUUCACAAACGUUCAUCCCGUUCUUGACUGACGUACGUCUGGGCUCUGGAGACGUAACUUCCACCUCUAUUGAUCUCGAUGACGUUCCUGUCAUGCCUUCUUCCACUGUCUCUUCCACCGCAACCUCGUCCCAGCCAUCCAGCUCCACCAAUUUGGUGAACUUGGCUUCCACCCCACCGUCCCUGACCGCAGGAUUUGGGGGCAGCGGAAAUCCUGCAGGAUUUAACUCCGCAUCCGCCGCGGCAACUUCCGCAAAUUCGUCUGGAGGUGGGAGUGCGUUGGUAGGGAGCACAGGCAGUUCCCCAGGCAUGGGGAGCGUCUUAUCUUCAUCCCAAGGCAUCCCCAUACAUGGGGCAGACAAGACUAGUCGAGAGAACACCGUCACUCCCCCCAGCUCCCCCAAUAUCAACACUUUCCACCUCCCUUCCACGCGCACAAUGUCAGAGAGCGAGAUGUGUAUAAGAGACUCCUCCAGAGACGCGCCCGUCUCAGGGCUCACCUUCUCCUACGCCACCAAGGAAAAUAAGAAGCGAAUCAUGCGUCUGGGCAAGAAGAAAGAGCGGGAGCGCGAGAGCGAGAGUCGGCGCGAUGUUGUGGACGGUGUUACGCGCGUCCUGGCGAGCACCAAGUCCACUCCUGUCACUGUCACGAUUGACUCCGUGGAGUGGCCGAACGUCAAGUUCUUCCAAUUGUCUUCCCAGUGGCAGACUCAAGUCAAGACUUUCCCUGUCUGCCUCUUCAAUCUCCAGUCGUCUAAUUUUGGCGGCGAUAAAAUUUAAGCCAUUAAAGCUGGUCUUGGUCCAAUAUUUCCCUAUUUUUUAUCCAAUUUAUCCCUAUUUUUUAUCCAAUAUUUCCUUCAGACUUAAGUGUGAAGCGGUCGUCCUCUUAAUAUGUGUUAAUAUGUGUUAAUAUUUCCACCUGAAUGGUCGAUUUGCUUGGGUAAAUAAAAUUAAAUCGGAAAUAAGGUCCAAUUCCUUCGAGUAUCUUAGAAUAACCAAUUCUUCGCUAAAAUUUCAAGCCUAGGCAACGUUGGUUUAAGGUCAUUUAAAAGUUGAAAUUUUGUUUUUGAUCGUUACUAUCUGGAUUUCGUUUACUUUCUAAUCGAGGUUCUGUUUAUGAUCUCUGGUUUCGUUAAAAAUUUUUAGUUUUACGAUUUGCAAAAAUUUUGCGGAAAAAUGGGUCCAGGCUUUGCUGUACGUGUAGUUCUCAACAGUAGCAACCUUUAUAUGAGCUACGACGGCAACGUCAAAAGUAAUCACGUUAUUAUAAAAAUUGGAUGAAUGAAUUUCUGAAAACUUCAUAUACAAAUAAAGAUUAGAUCGUAAGAUGUAAAUUAUGCACUAAGUUACGGGAUUGUACUCACAAAUGCCCCAGAAAAUUGUUAUCAAGAAAGAAACGUGGUAAUUAAAAUCUAUUGUUGAGUACCAGCGCUUGUGUAAAAAAUAUCAACACGUUUAAUUUUUUGCAAAUAUGGCAAUUAUUUUCAAUGAUGGACAUUGAUACUGUGCAUCAUCAGCCACAUGAAUUAUAUGAGAUUUUGCAAAAACCGACACCAUAGUUUGCGUAUAUAAAGUCUUGAGCGCAGUAUGAAAAAAAGGCUCGCAUUUGAGGUUUAUUGCUGAGGUCCGUUACCUAUUAAAUUUAUUGUCUAUGGGUUUCAGGUAUGCCACUAUGCUGGUCAGCAUAUUUAUUUAAUUCCCGUCUUCGUGAAAAAAUUUGCAAAUGUGCUUCAUAGAGCGCUAUGCCUAAGAACAAUAUCAACUAUGUUUAAUUCGUUUGUUCUUUCACAUUAGGCAAGCAUGAUCUCUUUCACUCUCGGAAAAAGCGUUCUUGUCAUCGUAUUGCUCGGAAAUGCUUCAAAGUGAGUUUGGAUGCAAUGUUCUAAUAAAUUUUUAAUUUGGCUUCGUUUUGAUACGAAUUAUUGCAAACGUGAACAUCGUACCUUCAUAUAUGGCGUGGUCUGAAUUCCAAUUGACUUUUAUAUUAUUAAAUUUUUUGGAAAGCUUAUACGUGAAAUCUGGUAACGUGUUGCGUAAAUCACGCAUUAUGAUCUAAUCGUUAUUUGAGUGAACUUUUUGCUACAAGUUUAAUAAAUAAGUUCUAAGUAAAAAUGAAAAUAAUGUCGACGUUGUUCCCGUUAAUUAUAUUGUGGCCGCUGUUUAUCUUGCUGUUAAUAAAUACAUAGCUAGAACUGAUAGUUUGCCUUGUCUUCGAACUAUCAAUCUUCUAUGAGUCUUAACGGUUCAGGGCCUAUACUUUCAAAAAAAAAAAGUUAAG